AUGCCCCUGCCUGAUGCUAGAACCUUUGUGGGCGUGGAAACAGAGAAGAGUCUCAAUAAACACCAGCAGAGAUGUAUAGGGAAGAAACCUCAUCACUGCUGCUUUGACUGUGGGAAGAGUUUUGCUAAACAGAGGGAAUUGAUCAUUUACCAGCGGAUUCACACUGGAGAGAAACUGUACCGCUGCUCUCAGUGUGGGAAGCGUUUCGCUGCAUCUAAAACCUUAAAAUCUCAGAGAAUUCAUACAGGGGAGAGGUCUUACCCCUGCUUUGAUUGUGGGAAGAUCUUCAGUCAACCAGGAGCUCUGACUACACACCAACACAUACACAAAGGAGAGAAGCCUUACAGCUGUGAUCAGUGUGGGAAAAGCUUCCGGAAGUCAGGAUACCUGACUAUACACCAACGCAUACACACAGGAGAGAAGCCUUAUAGCUGUGAUCAGUGUGGGAAGAGCUUCAAUCAUUCAGGAUCAAUGACUACACACCAGCACAUACACACAGGAGAGAAGCCUUAUAGCUGUAAUGAGUGUGGGAAGAGCUUUGCUCUAUCCGAAAACCUGACUACACACCAACGCAUACACACAGGAGAGAAGCCUUAUAGCUGUGAUCAGUGUGGGAAGAGCUUCAGGAAGUCAAGACACCUGACUACACACCAACGCAUACAUACAGGAGAGAAGCCUUAUAGCUGUGAUCAGUGUGGGAAGAGCUUCAGUCAAUCAGGAGACCUGACUAUACACCAACGAAUACACACAGGAGAGAAGCCUUAUAGCUGUGAUCAGUGUGGGAAGAGCUUCAGGAAGUCAGGACACCUGACUACACACCAACGCAUACACACAGGAAAGAAGCCUUAUAGCUGUGAUCAGUGUGGGAAGAGCUUCAAUCAUUCAGGACACCUGACUACACACCAACGAAUACACACAGGAGAGAAGCCUUAUAGCUGUGAUCAAUGUGGGAAGAGCUUCAAUCAAUCAGGAGACCUGACUACACACCAACGAAUACAUACAGGAGAGAAGCCUUAUAGCUGUGAUCAGUGUGGGAAGAGUUUUGCUCGAGAUUUUACCCUGACUACACACCAGCUCACACACACUGGAGAGAAACCUUACUCCUGUCUAUGUGGAAAGAGCUUUGCUCAUUCAGGGUCACUGAAAAAACACCAGAAAGAACAAACAUGUCAUAUUUUAUCUCCCUCUGCUCCGGCACCGGUUCCAGAUCCCUAAAUAAUGUUUCAAUACAUUACUCUUUACAAGAUGUUUUCUAUCCCCCAUUCUCUAACAGUAUACUAAGUCUGAUUACUAUGGUAACCUGUGUAGCAUAAUAUGCAGCUCUGGAUCCAUAUGUAUCAGGCAUCUCGUAGUAGGAGUGCUGUGUGUGUGGUGUGGUGUGGUGGGGUGGGGGUGUUCAGAGCUGUAUCUUAUUUCAUUAACUCCUAUUAUCCAUUAAAUCAUUUUAUAAUGUAGAAUGUUUCAACAAUAUUAGGUGUGUAUUCUUGUAUUCAGUA